AUGGACCCGAUUGGGCACUGGACCAACCGUCAAAUUGGCAAGCUGGGCCUCGAGGCGUUCUACCCGACGCCUCUGGAACAGGAGAUCGACAAGGCCGCGCGGAUCGUUCGCACGUUCACACAUCGCAAAGAGGAUGCCGCGGCCAAUGUAGAGGUUCGGCCGUCGGAUGUCGUUGACGAGAAUGCGUCGAAAAAGACGCAGCCUAUGUUGGCCAAGAUCCCGCCCGAAGUGCUGCGUGCCGCCAAGGGCGUGGCUGUGUUUACCGUGUUCCGCUCCGGCUUCAUCUUCUCGGGCGCAGGCGGCUCAGGUGUCGUGCUAACGAAGGACGAGAGCGGCGAGUGGGGCCCGCCGUCGGGCUUGCUCGUACACACGGUCGGCUGGGGCCUGAUGGCCGGCGUAGACGUGUACGAUGUCGUGCUGGUGCUGCGCAACCAGCGCGCUGUGGAUGCGUUCAAGUACCCGAAGAUCAGCGUGGGUGGCGAGCUUACCGUGUCGGCGGGUCCCGUUGGCAACGGUGCGAUGGUCGACUCGGGCGUCGAGGCCUCGCCGUGCUUCUCCUACGUCAAGUCCAAGGGUCUCUAUGCGGGAGUACAGCUCGAUGGCACCAUCAUUCUUACGCGCUCGGACGAGAAUGCACGCUUCUACAACUACCCCGACAUCUCGGUCGAGACACUCCUCGACGUCAAGAUCCCGCGCCACCAAAUGCCACGGGAGUGCAUGCCGCUCUGGCAGGCGCUAUGUGCGGGCGAGGGUCGCCCUGAGCAUCUCGGCACGGACGCGAUCCCUAGUGCUCCGGCGCCGGGCGACCACACGUUCACCGACGAGGAGAUUGACGCGCUCCGCCAGGACCAGGAGAAACUGGGCGGUGCUCCGGGCCCCGGGGCGCAGCCAGCUCCGGCGCCGGUGGGCGAGGCCAAGGGCAGCGCCGCGCCGCCCGCCGCCGACAUCCUUCCGCCCCCACAGCGCCGUAUCUAG